AACCGCUCUCUCCCCAUUCUUCCUUCCGCUUUUUCACUGUUUACCGUUUUGUGGGAAACCGCUUUCACUCUUCAUCAAUUAUUGCGUGCAAGAUGGGUAUGCCACCGCAAUCGGCCUCUAAUGGGCUCAUAUAUACUACUUAUGCAAUCUUCCUGUGUGUUUCCCCCCGUCUGGACUCCCACAUCGUUGUGGAACUGACAUGGUUCGACCCAGCAUAAUCGGUCUCUCUCUCGCCUGGAGAUACCGGGGCCAAUCGAAAUUGGAGUUUAUCCACUCAAACCGCACUCAAACCGGUCUGUUCUCUCUCCCCUCUCUUUUCCCUUUCCCUUUCCCUUCUCUCUCGGACUAAUGAACGCUAAUGGAUUAUAGCGAUCCCCGUGGCACUCAAUUUUAUAGCCUCUGGUGAGUGCUGCGCGUCUCUCGGGGGGAAAGACGGCAGCGGCAAGCAUUGGUACCGUGUCUUUGAUUUCUUGGAAAACAUCUCAAUGCCCUUCGCCGUGCGAUAGGCCACUUGGGUGGUUCAGGUUCGUAAGUAUCUGUGGGUUGUUGCACUCUCCCUCAAGCUUUGGGUUACCCCUUGAACGAAUUGGUGUGUUUGAUUGAUUGUGCUUCUCGAAAGCUUGAGCGGAGAGUGUAGCUGGCUUCACUACGGGUGCCUGUUUGCUGUGGACCUCUUUGCCCGAUCCAACCCCCAAGCGGGAGAUCGGGCAAACUUGGAAAACUGACCUUAUGGGCUGAGAUUGACCGUUUGCACUCGAUCAAGUUAAGACUUGCGUGGGGAAUGUGUUGCCGCUACCGAUUCCUUUCCCGGUCUUUAGUGGCGCUCCCAAAGAUACUGAUGAUUUCCAGCAAUGGGAUCCGCCAUCCUAUUCUCCUAUCCGGAGAUUGGAACUAUCGCUGGUGUGCAGGGGGCCAUUACUUAUGCUGCUUGCUCAGCUUUGCCGCUCAUGUCGUUUGCCAUCUUGGCGCCAAUGGUGAGGAAGAAGGUGCCCGGGGGGUUCAUCCUUACCAUGUGGGUGAAGGAGAGGUACGGGCCGUAUGCGGCGCUUUACUUGAGCUUUUUGAGGUGAGCGAUUUAGAAUUCCUCGGGAUAAUGGUUGUAUAGCUGACGGGUGUGCAGUGUUGCUACCAUGUUCCUGUACAUGGUUGCGGAAUUGUCUUCUCUCCAACAGGUCAUCAGCGCUCUUACCGGUCUCGACGGCCUUCCGGUGGUUGUUGUGGAAGUCGUUGUCACCUCGAUAUAUACCUGUACGUCCAACAUGUGCCCCAACACGAGACUAUUCUGACCCGUUCCAGCCCUUGGUGGUUUCCGCAUCUCCUUCCUGACCGACAACAUCCAAGGAGUACUGAUUGCGAUUCUAAUCACCAUCUGCAGUAUUGCGAUCGGCACAUCGGUAGAAAUUGACCGCUCCAAGAUCGGGCCGUCGGGGCUAACUCAGGACACUCUACUCGGUUACCAAUUAAUUUAUAUCUUGUUUAGCGGGAUCCUCUUCAGCUUCAUGUUCCUGUCCAGCUUUUGGAUGCGCGCUUUCGCAUCAAAGACUGACAAAGACUUGUGGAUCGGAGUAUCCAUCGCCGCGGUUGUAAUUUUCAUCGUCCUACUCCUCGUCAGUUCCACGGGCUUCAUCGCUGCAUGGGCAGGUGUCUGGGAACCGGGAAUGUAUGGCGGUCUUGCAUUCUUCCUGCUGCUCGCGGAGCUCCCCUCCUGGGUCGUUGGAUUCACCAUUGUAAUGGUGGUAGCGCUCAGCUGCGCAAUCUUCGACAGUCAGCAAUCUGCAAUGGUGUCUACAAUCUCCAAUGACCUGUUCAAGAACAAGCUGUCUCUUCUCUGGGUCCGCAUCAUUGUCCUCCUCGUCUCUAUCCCGGCAAUCGUUGUCGCUCUCAAGUCCCCUUCUAUCCUCCGUAUCUUCCUAAUUUCAAACAUCUUCUCUUGCGCUGCUAUGCCUUCAAUCCUCCUCGGCCUCUGGGAUACGAUGUACUUCCUUCGGGGUGUAGACAUUAUCCUCGCAGGCAUAGGCGGUCUCUUUUCGGUGUUCCUAUUUGGAUGCGCGUACUAUGGCGAUGCAAAGAAGGCUGCUGACUUGAUCAUCUUGACGUCGGGAUUGUACGCGAAUGACUGGAGCGUGUUCGGGGUGUUCGUCGCUGCGCCUGUGGGUUCAUUGAUAUUCUUGGCGCUGGCUGUCGCGUGCCGUAUGGGUGGUGUUUGGGUGCGGUGUAGAAUUUGGGGGGGCAGGUUUGACUGUCUCGAUAAGCCGUUGCCCAGGGAGGAUGAUGAUGGAGAUGAGACCCCCGGCGAGAGUCUGGAGGAUGUGGAGAGGAGGAAGGUCGCGAGCUAGAUGGAUUGUCAAUACCUGUAGUAGCUGCAAUCUUGGUUAAUUUAUGUAAAGUUUAUUUGAUCUUUCG